AUGGCGAAGAUCAUAGCCGCGCUCGGAGACCGUGCUUCACUUCUUGACGCGAUUCCAUCAACAGCAGUCACUUUCAGCGGACAAAACCUCAUAUCGGAAUACGAUCCUAUCGUUCUGGAAUUCGGCGCAUUUGGUGAGUCUACAGUAAACGUCUACCUCACUCAGGGCGUGAAGGGCGACACAAGAAUUCUUGCUCAGGAUUCUGAUGGGGAGCUGCUACAUUGGAAAUUCGGAGACCUCACUGGAAUAGACCUGGUGGAGCCUUUCGAUUCCAUCAUGCGUCUCGAUCAAGAAUUGCCCAGUCGAGGCAACAAAAUACGAUACCUGGUCCUCUACUACUUCAUGCUUGCUGAACACGCAGGACUGAUCGGAAAGCUAUCUGCGCCUUGGAAACAUGAGAGCAUGUCUUUGAUCGUAAAGCUUCGAGUCCACCCAGACGUCCUCAUCGCUAAGACGAAGGCUGCACCCGCUAUAGAGAGUGAAGAGGCAGCUGAUAAUGAUCAGUAUUCGGAGAAGAUAGCAAAAGCGACUACUGCUUCAGAUCAUUCUAGUUCACGACCCAAUAGUAGCGCUGAGGGACAAAAUCAGCCAACAGAGGGGAUGCCACCCGUGGACCUAGUCAGGUCGUAUUUACACACAGAACAAGAAGUUCCGCUGAGCUGUGGGGAUACAGCUCAAGAGAUGACCGGAUAUGAAGAGAUAAGUCUUGAGAGUGGCAAUGAAACCUACGUCUCCGCAAUGUCAAUUGCAAACUCUCGCGAUAGCUUCUCCGCUUCUUCACCUGCUCCACCAAUCUUGCCGUCAGCAGCAUCUCCAAAUGCACUACCUUCUGAUGCAGUGGCGCUAUCAGAUGCGGAGAUGAGUCCUGAAGAGCGGCAACAGCCAGAGACGGCCACUCAUGAGAGAGCGACUCCAGAGACGGCCAACACAACGGAUAGGUUGGCAGACAAGGAAGAAGGCGACUCACUGCAAGCUGAAGAGAUAGAGUCAGGAGUGGCGGAGCCCAAUCUGGACCAACGAUUCAUUCUUCUCAGGGGUGUGUCAGUAGUGAGUAUCUCAAGUGAUGAAGACGAGGCCACACAUCCAGAAGAAAAGUUCAAAGAGGAGACCUCCACCGCUCAAAGGGGAAACCCUGCGUCCUUUGGCCGCUCCGAAGCUAUCUAUCUGGGUAGCGACGAGGAGACUGUGCUGCCUGAACCUAUCAAUCAAGUCGUCGAGCGCACGCCAGAAAUUGGAGCUGCACCGCACCCACCCCAGCCCACCGCUGUCGACUCUGACAGCAAUGAGUUGCGGUGGCCUGGCGAUACGAAGAAGAGAAAACGCAGUCUUGCUCCUGUCAUCAGCAACGACGAUGAUGAUGAUGAUGACGAUUUAUUGGAAGCGGAUGGCAAUGCAUGGAAGAAGGCUUCUUUGGGACGAUCGGGCGGUAAGGGUACUUCAAAUGAAUGA